AUGCGCGUCGCUGCGGACGUAAAAACCAUCGUCAGAUGCUGUUUGUCGUUGGCUAUGGAAGCGCUGGUGUUGGUUCAGUGUCGCAUUCUCUUGGAGACAGCCCCCGAAGACGACCAAGGACGGAAAACAUUGCAGACAGCAAUCCCAGAUAUGCGCAUCGCCAACAAGCUGCCCACUCGCAUCUACAUCCCGGGCUCUUCCAGCGACGAGCCGCCGCUCUGCAUGCUUGCUUCCCAGCCUGUUUUCCUUCGAGCUGCCACUCCUGUUGGCUGCUUGUCGUUGACUUGCAGCUCACGCCUUCAUCUUAUUGGUGGCCUUCGACAUUCUCACCACACGAUGCCCACUCUGGACGGUAAGACAGGCAUUGUCGUGCCGCAUCACCGCAUACAAUGUCCGACCAGAAAUCCCAUCAUCCCAGAGAUACCCCCGUGGAGCCAGCUGCGAGCCAAGGCCCUCCCGUCACACAUGCCCGCAUUACACUGCUCAACUAUUGUGCUUAUUCAUUCGAUCACCGCCACCACCAUGAGGGCGACAGCUUGCUCGCUUUGCGUGCUGUACUUGGGGGUUGACUUACUGGUCAGGGCAGUCGAGGGGGCGGAAUUCAAGAGACGAGAUGGGGUGCACCGCCUUGAGAAGGCACACGUCACGGUCUUUCACGACCUCAAUCGAAGGGGCACAACAACUUGUGCGACCGGAUACUCUGCUUGCCCGUCAAGCUUGGAUGGAGGGUGUUGCGCUUCAGGCUAUGCAUGCGCGACGGAUUCUUGCUAUGCGACCACAAGUGCAGCGCAGACUUGCGCAGGAAAACCUGGAUAUUACCAAUGUAACACGGUUUUGGGAGGCGGCUGUUGCCCAGAAGGAUAUCAGUGUCAAAGAGGCUCAAAUUGCGUUCCAGCGUCUGGAGUCAUAUACUCUCAGUCGUGUCCGGCGAGUUACUACUUAUGCCCAGCUAGCUUGAGCUACGGCUGCUGUCGAGACGGACUGGGCUGCGCCGUAAGCGCUUGCUACUCGACGGAGCCCUCAACUGUCACGGAGACGACGACGAUUACAACGACGAAUGACGCCGCGCAGGCGAUAACCACGACUGUAACCGCAACUGCUGUUCUAACUCCCUCAAGACCUACCACGGCGCCAAUAGUAGCAACAGGGGCGAGCGACCCGGACCAAGUUGUGUUCAAGUACUAUCCGAGCACUGUUCCAAAAGAGCAACCUAUCUCGAGCGGCGAUGGCAACAGUGAUGGAUUGACUUCGGGGCAAAUCGCGGGUAUCGUGGCUGGAGGAGUUGGCCUGCUCAUCAUUGUGCUGGUGACUGCGUGGAUCAUCAUUCGGCACCUCAACAAGGUUGUCCAGGCAGUCGAGACGAGCAACAAGGGGACCUCUUCAGGGGCUAAGUCACGCCCUUCGAUGUAUGAGUUCAAGCCAACACCAUCAGAGGUUGAUGAUUUGAGCAUAGACCCGCUCAUGAUGUCUCCUCGGCCAUCACACCGCAGAUAUGAUUCCGAUACGACUGCCGACUUCACACCUCCAUAUCGCGGCACGCCGGGGUCCGGUGGUGACUAUCAGGCAGUACCGCAAGGGUCAGGGUCCGAUCGACACGCUAGCUACGACUCAGCAUAUACAGGAGGCUACUUCGACGUGGCGCCAGACAGGAGUCAGCGCGCAAGCCAGGGAUCGAGCGCGUGGGUCGGACUCCAUCGCGGAAGCACGGAUUCACAAGGAACCUACGCGCAUCUUCGCCAUUGGAGCAACGCCAGCGAAGCAAGCAGCGACCACGGCAGUGCGGGUACUCGGACGCCACUCCAAGAACUCGACUCGACGCCAUAUGUGCCGGAGUUGGCCGCUUCUCCCGUCCCAGACGCCGUGGCAGAUACGCGUCGCCGGUCAGGGAGCGGGCUAUCGGGCAUGAGCCGGCCGCCUGCGGUCCAUCAGCGGCGAAGGAGCAGUGAAGGAGGCCACGGCAGAACGAGGAGUGACAGCUCUGCUCCAGCUGGGCUCAGUGUUGUGAAUGAGGCUUCAGAGCUCAUCGGCCACUAUGGCCCGACGGAUCGAGCGAAUGGUCAGACGUCGAAUGGGAAGUAA